UCAGAAUCUGGUAUCAUGGAUGGAGACACAGAGUGUAACAAAGUUGAAGAUGUUGUCGGCUGCCAUGUUGAAGAUGCUGUAACAUUUUGGGCACAGAAUGUCAGUAGAUGUAAUGACCUCUUGAAAUUAAGUUGCGCGCUGGCUGAUGUUUGUCCCCGGGCUAAUGCAAUUUUUGGCAAGCCUGAUUUUAGUAAGAUAUAUGGUGGGUGUUUUUCUGAAGAUGGAUGUUGGUACAGGUGUACAGUACAGCAAGUGAUCAACGAUGAAAAGUGUCAGGUAUUGUACAUUGAUUAUGGAAAUUCUGAGAUUCUAAACAGAUCAGAAAUAGUUGAAAUUCCAGCGAACUUGCAAUGUCCGAGUGUUGCCAAGAAGUACAAACUCUGGGGACUGCAGAUACCGAUGGAUCAAAACUUAAACAUGUUUGACCAGGGGAAGAAGUUCUUGGGGAGCCUGGUUUUUGAAAAAGAAAUAAAAAUACGACACAAAGCUAAGCGUGAGGAUGGUACCAUCAUUGUCCAAGCGGAAUAUGAAAAAACAGAUAUUGGAGAAGAGGUAGCUAAGACAGGGUUUGCUGAAAGAUGCAGAUCUCCAGUAAACGCUAAAAGUGGAGAAGAGAAGAAAGCAGAUCUCAUGCAAAACCAUCCCUGGAAUAUAAAAGUUCCAGUUCCUCUGUGGAUAAACAGAUCUGAUCAUCCCCUCAGCAGACCAAGAGGGCGCUUUGAGCACAUAGUUGCCAGUGCAAGGAAUGAGAAUUUUACUGGAAGCCAUUUUGAGAAAGAAGGAAGGAGUAACGACUCUACUGCAUCUUCUCAUCUGCCUAAAAGCAUAUGUCCUUUAACUUUUUACACAUUGCAGCACUUCUUAGGAAGGCAUGUCCGUGAAGGAAACGGGGACGCAAAGAAGCAAUGGGAAAAAAUGCUAGCUUCUGGCUCAGUGUCGGACAGCAGUUUGGAAAAAAUAAGAAAAGAUCAGAAGCUGAUUGAAGAGAAUGAAAAGCUUAAAGUGGAGAAAGAAGUUCUCAGAAAGGAGAAUGAAAAUCUCCUACAGAGGCAGAAGGAACUAGAGCUGAAGGUUGAGCAGCUGAAGCGUGAACUUCAGGAAGAGAAGGAAGCAUCCAGGGAAACUGCUGAACGUUUUGAGGAAACCCUGAGUAAAUAUAUGGGAACAAAAUUGAGAAGUUUGGCUGCUAAUGUGAAGGUACUGAAAGAAAUUAGGCGCACAAAUAAGAAUACUCGUUUUGGGGAGGACCUCUCACAAGCUAUAGAAGUGGUCACAGAAGGAUGUCUCACUGUUCCGUGUUCCUUGGAAAAAUUGCAGAAGAUUUGGGUGGAGUAUGACUUGGCUCAAGAGAUGAUUCAGUUGUGCAAAAAUGUGGAUGAAAGAGAUGAAUUGAUUAUCAAGAGAGAUGAGGUCCAGGAUAAUUUAUAUUCUGCAGUGGAAGAAUUAAUUUUGGAAGUGGAUCAACUGUCUCUCUCUGAGCGCUCAAGAACAUUGCAGGAGCUGUGCACUACUCUGGAGGUGGUGUACGGUCAAGUUCGUGAAGAGGAUGAGUCUGAGGAGGUAUUUCAGCAGUUCUUUAAGUGGAAGCAUGCUAGAACAGAGGAAUUCAUUCAUAUCAGAAAUGAUACAAAUGCUGCUCUGCAAAUUCUCGCUGACUGGUUCAGUGGCAUCAUAAAGUGUUUUGACCUGAUGUCAGAAGCAUCUUUGAAUUUAGAGGAAGUGAUUGGCAAUGUGGAUGAAUUUCUAAAAAAGGUUGAAUUGGAUAUUCGUAAAGAACUGGAGACUGACUUAGCUGAGCAUGAUGAGGCAGAUGAGCAAAUAAUUAGAAGUGCUUACAAUAAAGUUAUACAUAAGAUUCAUCAAGAGCAACAUCUAAUCGCUGUCAUACAGAACAAGUACUUGGCCAGUGUUGAGUUCAAAAAAAAGGCGGUGGAAUGGCUGAACAGGAGACCUAAUAUUGACAACUUACUAUCAAUUAAGAAGACUCUGAAAAAUUUGAAGGCCCAGUUAAGAUGGAAGCUGGUUGAAAAGAGCAACUUUGAGGAAUCUGAUGAUUACAGUGAAUUUGAAAUGACAAGAAUAAAAAAGGAAAUUGCUGAACUGCGAAAUAGUGUUCUUCAGGAAAUAUACAAGGAACAAGAAGAAUAUGAGAAGCUUACGUAUUUGGUGCAGAAAUGGUUCCCUGAGUUGCCACUUCUUCAUCCAGAAGCAGGAAUUCUGGACUAUAUGAAUUCUGGUGGACUUCUGACGCGUAGCUUGGAGCGAGACCUUUUAGAUGCUGAACCCAUGAAAGAACUGAGCACAAAGCGGCCUUUAGUGUGUUCAGAUAUUCAAGAUCAGAAGGUUCUUCUAAAGGGAUAUUCUGUAGAUACAAAUUCAGAAGCCAAAGUGAUAGAAAGAGUUGCCAAAUAUCACAGAGCUUGGGGUCAGCAGAGGGAGAAUUCUGGAUUACUACAACUGAUGUUUCUUCUUUUCUGCAAGUCUGAUCCUCUGGUAUAUUUAAUGGUCCCAUAUUAUCCAGGGGCAAGUCUGGAAGCUUUACAGGCUGAUACACCUUUAACUUUAAAAGAAACAUUAAAAGUGAUGAAAGGAGUGGCUCAAGGUCUACAGACAUUGCAUGGAGCUAGUAUAGUUCAUGGAUCUCUGCAUGGAAAUAAUGUCUUUGCUGUGAAUCGAAAACAAGGAGUUGUUGGAGACUUUGAUUUCACGAAAUCAGAGGAACAACGUGCUGCUGCAAGCACUAUGGUUGUUGGUACCCUGAGCUUAGUUUCUCCUGAACUGAAGAUGGGACAACCAGCUUCUCCAGCCUCUGAUAUGUACGCUUAUGGCUGCCUUCUGCUCUGGCUUUGUUCUCAAAACAAAGAGUUUGGCAUAAAGGAAGAUGGAACACCAGAGGUGGAUGUGGUUGAUACGGAUGAUAAAGUCAAAUCUCUUCUCUUGAAUUUGCUAUGCUGUAACAGACUGACAGCUGAGCAGGUACUGAAGGAUGGUUGCUUCUUCUUAGCUGAUGCAAAACCGGAUGAAGAUCUUGAGCCACAUGAAGAGCAUGAUUCUGAAAAGAUGAAUAAAAAUGAAGAGAAUGUAAAUAACUCUGAGGAAAAUGGGAUAAACCCUGCUGAGUAGAUGAAGAUCUUGUUCACCAGGUGUUUGAGGCCUUUGUUCCUGAUUAUUUUCGAAAUUAAUUGUCCUGAUAUCAAAUCUCAAGAUAAAAAGUUUGGUAGGUGUAGUCAUGUUUUGUGAUUACACAGAAUUCACUGCCUUAAAUUAUUUUAAGUACAUUUGAUUCUAAAUAAGUGUUCAGGGCUAUAAUCUGUUGUAUUUCUUCUCAGUAGAAAGACUGACUUCGGUAUUUCUCUUAAUUUAUUGGGCUGUUCCUAAUUGUGUUCUUAGUUUGUCAACUUUUUUCUUUAUCUGUUCUGCAGACUUUAAGUUUACAGAGAGUAGUCUUGUUAGAUUCAGAAGUCUUAGGAUGAAGGCCUUGUGACUUGUUUUUGU